AGCAGCCGCCGCAGCACCUGAGCCGCUGCGGCCGUUCGCUCGGGACGACGCUAUGGCUGAGCCUGGGCGCAGCCUCCAUCCAUCUGCCAGAGGCAGGGGAAGAGCUGAGCGGCGCACACUCUGGCUCCUACGGCUGCUGCUCUGGGUUGGGACCGCCCUCCAGGUGACCCAGGGAACGGAACCAAAGCUUCAUGCCUGCAAAGAGUCUGAGUACCACUACGAGUACACGGCGUGUGACAGCAUGGGUUCCAGGUGGAGGGUCGCCGUGCCGCACACCCCAGACCUGUGCACCAGCCUCCCCGACCCCGUCAAGGGCACCGAGUGCUCCUUUUCCUGCAAAGCCGGGGAGUUUCUGGACAUGAAGGACCAGUCGUGCAAGCCCUGUGCCGAGGGCCGCUACUCCCUGGGCACGGGCAUCCGGUUCGACGAGUGGGAUGAGCUGCCCCACGGCUUCGCCAGCCUCUCAGCCAACAUGGAGACUGACGACAGCACCACGGAGUCCACCGAGAACUGCACCUUGUCCAAGUGGGCUCCCCUGGGUGACUACAUCGCCUCCAACACGGACGAGUGCACGGCCACGCUGAUGUACGCCGUCAACCUGAAGCAGUCGGGCUCUGUCAACUUCGAAUACUACUAUCCAGACUCCAGCAUCAUCUUUGAGUUUUAUGUCCAGAACGACCAGUGCCAGCCCAAUGCAGAUGACUCCCGGUGGAUGAGAACGACAGAGAAAGGAUGGGAAUUCCACAGUGUAGAGCUUAACCGAGGCAAUAAUGUCCUCUACUGGAGAACCACGGCCUUCUCAGUGUGGUCCAAAGUCUCCAAGCCUGUGCUGCUUAGAAACAUCGCCAUAACAGGGGUGGCCUACACUUCUGAAUGCUUCCCCUGCAAACCCGGCACAUACGCAGACACGCAGGGCUCCUCUUUCUGCAAACUCUGUCCAGAAAACUCCUAUUCAAACAAGGGAGAAACCUCUUGUCACCAGUGCGACCCUGACAAGUACUCAGAAAAAGGAUCCUCUUCCUGCAAAAUACGCCCGGCCUGCACAGACAAGGACUACUUCUACACACACACGGCCUGUGAUGCCAACGGAGAGACACAGCUCAUGUACAAAUGGGCCCACCCGAAAAUCUGUAGCGAGGACCUCGAGGGCGCCGUGAAGCUGCCUGCCUCUGGCGUGAAGACCCGCUGCCCACCCUGCAACCCAGGCUUCUUCAAAACCAGCAACAGCACCUGCGAGCCCUGCCCUUAUGGGUCGUACUCCAACGGCUCUGAUUGUAGCCACUGCCCAGCUGGCACGGAGCCUGUUGUGGGAUUUGAAUACAAAUGGUGGAACACGCUGCCCGCGAACAUGGAAACGACUGUUCUCAGUGGGAUCAACUUUGAGUACAAGGGCAUGACGGGCUGGGAGGUGGCUGGCGAUCACAUUUACACAGCUGUUGGAGCCUCAGACAAUGACUUCAUGAUUCUGACUCUGGUUGUGCCAGGAUUUAGACCUCUGCAGUCAGUGAUGGCAGACACAGAGAAUAAAGAGGUGGCCAGGAUCACAUUCGUCUUCGAGAUCAUCUGCUCUGUGGACUGCCAGCUCUACUUCAUGGUGGGUGCGAAUUCUAGGGCCAACACUCCCGUGGAGACAUGGAAAGGCUCCAAAGGCAAGCAGUCGUUUACCUACAUCAUCGAGAAGAAUGCUACCAUGACCUUCACCUGGGCCUUCCAGAGAACCACCUUCCAUGAGGUGGGCAGAAAGUAUACCAAUGAUGUCGCCAAGAUCUAUUCCAUCAAUGUCACCAACGUCAUGAAUGGGGUGGCUUCCUACUGCCGGCCCUGCGCCCUGGAAGCCUCUGACAUGGGCUCCUCCUGCACCUCCUGUCCUGCUGGCAACUACAUUGACCGGGACUCAGGGACCUGCCACUCCUGCCCCCCUGACACCAUCCUGAAAGCCCACCAGCCCUAUGGAGCCCAGGCCUGCACGCGCUGCGGUCCAGGGACCAAGAGCAACAAGAUCCACUCUCUGUGCUACAACGACUGCACCUUCUCAAUCAGCACUCCGAGCAGGACUUUGGACUACAACUUCUCCGCCCUGGCAGACACCGUCUCCCUGGCCGGAGGGCCGAGCUUCACUUCCAAAGGGCUCAAAUAUUUCCAUCACUUUACCUUCAGUCUCUGUGGAAACCAGGGUAAGAAAAUGUCCGUGUGCACCAACAAUGUCACUGACCUCCGGGUUCCUGAGGAUGAGUCAGAGUUCUCCAAAUCCAUCACAGCCUACGUCUGCCAGGUGCUCAUCAUUCCCCCAGAGGUGACAGGCUACAAGGCUGGCGUGUCCUUGCAGCCUGUCAGCCUCGCCGAUCAACUCAUCGGGGUGACGACAGAUAUGACUCUGGAUGGCAUCGCCUCCCCAGCUGAACUCUUCCCCCCGGAGCCCUCGGGAAUACCGGACGUGAUCUUCUUUUACAGGUCCAACGAGGUGACCCAGUCCUGCAGUUCUGGGAGAUCUACCACCAUCCGAGUCAGGUGCAGUCCGCUGAAACCUGCCCCUGGGAGCCUGUCACUGCCCAGCACGUGCUCCGGUGGGACCUGUGAUGGCUGCAACUUUCACUUCCUGUGGGAGAGUGCGGCUGCUUGCCCGCUCUGCUCGGCCGCCGACUACCAUGCUAUCAUCAGCAGCUGCGUGGCUGGGGUCCAGAAAACUACCUACGUGUGGCGAGAACCGAAGCUAUGCAUGAAUGGCAUUUCCCUGCCUGAACCGAGAGUCACCAUCUGCAAAACAAUAGAUUUCUGGCUGAAAGUGGGCAUCUCUGCGGGCACCUGUACUGCCAUCCUGCUCACCGUCUUGACCUGCUACUUUUGGAAAAAGAAUCAAAAACUAGAGUACAAGUACUCCAAGCUGGUGAUGAACGCUUCCCUUAAGGACUAUGACCUGCCAGCAGCUGACAGCUGCGCCAUCAUGGAAGGCGAGGACGUGGAGGAUGACCUCAUCUUCACCAGCAAGAAGUCCCUCUUUGGGAAGAUCAAAUCAUUUACCUCCAAGAGGACUCCUGAUGGGUUUGACUCGGUGCCACUGAAGACAUCCUCAGGGGGCCCCGACGUGGACCUGUGAGAGGCGCGGCCCUGCCCCUCCCUCGGCACACCACCUUGCAAGCCUGUGGAGUUUUGGGUGCCAGCUUCCUGCAACACCCACUGCUGGGAAUCUCUUCAUUGUGGCCUUAUCAGAAGAAGUGUGAAUUUUAGAUCUUUUGUUUUUUUAUAGAAUACCCAAAUCCUCCUUUCUGCUUGCCUCAAACCUGCCAAAUAUACCCACACUUUGUUUGUAUAUCACUUCCUUGCUUGCUUUUUCCCAAAAUGGUCCAGCUGCCAGAGCUCUUCAUCUGCUCAUAAUUCUUAUAGCCUUGGAAUGAAAAGACUUCUCUCUUCUUAAGUACAGAAACCGAAGAAGAUUCCUCUGCCCUCUUAUUUAAGGGCAGGAGCAGCUGGGAGUUUCCCUGAUCGCAUGCCCUCAGCUCGUGCUGUCUUUAGGAGAGAGGCUGGUGACGAGGGUGCUGGUGUCCCUGAUGGACCGUCUUCGUGGUCGCCUGGAUUCAUAUCUCUUGGAUCCACAGCUCAGACUGAGUGUAGUGGACAGGCUGAGGGCCCAGGGGGGUGAGGCCUGGGUACGAAGAGGCUUGAUGAGCACAGACAGAGGCAAUAAGGAAGGUUUUGUUUUGUUCUUUAAACUAGAUACUUAAUUCUCUUUUCUUAAGUAAAAGACAAAUAUUCUCACUGGAGCCAAAGGAAAAAGUUCACUGAGAAAAUGCCCAAAGCCCUAGUGGAUCUACUCUCCCCAUGGGAAAAAAAAAAAAAAAAAAAAAAAAAAAGGAUCUCUCACUAUCUCUCCAUGACCCUAAAGAUAACUAGGUAAGCCCCAAACCCAGAUGUUUUUAUUUCGCUUUACCCACAAAGAUGACAAACCCUGCCCGUGGGGACAAUUCCCCAUCCUUGGGUGCCCCAUUCCUAGAGGCUUGGGCCAUAUCAUGCAACAGGGGUAUCAUAUUUUGAAGGAACACAAGGAGGCCACAUAUUUAAUGGGGCCACACUGAGGGACCCAGCCCACAGUGGAAGGGACCUGAGGUGGCAAUGUCUGCUUACAAGCUGACUCUCCCACUUCGCCACAGAAUAAACAACUUCAAGGCAGGCCAGAAAGGGAACUGACUCCUAGGCCCAAACCCCAGUGAAAGAGCCAGGUCAGUCUUUGAGGAGGAAACUGCGAGGGGAGCUGAACGAGGCGUUCACCAAGCUGGCACACGUCAUGCGUCCAAGCCCCUGUCCUUCCCUUUUUCCUGUUCUUUUUCUUCGUGUGCCGAAAAGCGAAACAGACUUCUGACCCCACUUUCGGGCAGCGUCCCUUUAGAAAGGUGAGUAAAGCAAGUACCCUCCGUGUCCUUUUCUCCACUUUUAUACCGACUAUAAUCGAUGAACUUUAACUAGAAUGGCAAAACCAGAGCGAAUGAGUUUAAAUUUCCCUUUUGUGCCUACUACUGACAAUUCUGCCACUCUAUCAGGCAAGGAUGACCAUCCCUUGGUCAAGGGCCCAGGUGCCCAUGGCUUGUGCCCAUCUCCUUUCUUGAGUGGCCAUUGGUGACCAGAUGGAAGGUAGAGAACGAAGAGGACAUUUCUAAGUGGUUUGCCUGCCACAAAAUGGUUGGCUGGUCUUAUUAGCCAUUGCUGUCCCAGAAAUGGUCUUAUCACAGGGUGAGAACUGAAACCCUGCUGGGACUUUGGGCCAGCAGCAGCAUUACUGAAGGCAGGCCGUCCCUUUGAUUCAAAAAAUCUAGAAGUAUCUCUUUGGGUACCCAAAUUCUCCCUCCCCUUGUGGGAGCCAGGCUCUCGGACACGGUGGCGAUGCCGGAACUUCUCCAAAAGGAUGCAGACAGCCAGCUCCUGAGCUCUGGCCCCAGCUUUUCUGCAGCCUCAGCAACACCCUGGGUGUCUGCCUGCCCGAUGAAUAACUUGCUAUUGUGACAAAGGCCACUGACCAGCCUUAGACUAUUCUAGAAGCAGUAGGGAAAGUACAUAACCCUGUUGACUUCUUUAUUCUGACAUCUUGAAACUGAGUACCCCCAGACUCAAUCCUGGGGGUAACGAUUUAGUCACAAGGCUUUAAAUACCGCCCUUUUUCCUGUCCCUUCAUGUACUGACUCCUGUGGAUCUUCCCUGUGUCCUGCAGGAGCUCCUGAGUCCUGCUACUCAGUUACCUGUUGCUCUCCUGGCAACUUAGACCAUGUUAGAUAUUUUUUAAUAGCUCUUUUAAGCCGUAGUUCAAAUACCAUAUAAUUCCCUCAAUUAAAAUAUACAAUUCAAUAGAUUUCAGUAUACACACAGAGGUGUGUCUCCAUCACCAGUCAGCUUGAGAACAGACAUGUCAGAUGGUACGUGGGAAAAGCCUUCUGCCCUUACGCUACGGCUGCAGUGGUUUGCACAGGCUAUCGGGGGAGGGAGUGUGGGGCCAGGGGAGGGAAUAUUUAAACUCCAUUUAGUUAUCUAAAGUCUUAGGACCCACAAGUAACUCUCAUCACGUAGAUGUCACCUGCAUUUGGCUGGGAGUACAAAUGAAGAUUGUAGCAUAUUCAAGGACCAGGGGAUUUCUUAUGCCAACAAAACCUUUUUUUUUUUUUUUUUUUUUUUUGGUCUGACUCUACAUUAAAGAUAAGACUGACUAUAUUUAUACAACAGAGACUUUGUAAUGAAUUUUUUCAGCUUUGUGAAACCAAAUUUUUGUCUCAUCAAGACUGGUUGGAUUUCCUUUUUUUACUCUAUAUUCCUAGAGUUUGUAGUUUGUUAGGGGAUGGGUAUUGCAUGUCACUUU